UUUAGCGAGGGAAAAUGAGUGGGAGCAAAGUAAACGCAGUGUUCUACGCCGAGUCCUACCAUCCGAUCCAAGCCGGAAGCAUAGACGGCACCGACAUUCUCCCCCACGACAACGCUGUUUACCGAGCCCAACUCUGCUCCUCCGCUGGCCUCUAUGAGCCCUUCGGAGAUCCCAAGGUCAUCGGAGACCCUUAUUGCACCGUAUUUGUUGGCCGCCUCUCUCAUUCCACCACCGAAGACACUCUCCGCAAGGCUAUGAGCAAGUAUGGGCGGGUGAGGAACUUGCGGUUGGUCAGGCACAUUGUAACUGGUGCCUCACGUGGUUAUGCUUUUGUUGAAUAUGAAACUGAGAGAGAGAUGCGGCGUGCAUACAAGGAUGCUCACCAUUCUAUGAUUGAUGAUUGUGAAAUUAUGGUUGAUUACAAUAGACAACAGUUGAUGCCAGGAUGGAUUCCACGAAGGUUAGGAGGGGGUCUUGGUGGUAAGAAGGAAUCUGGACAACUUCGUUUUGGAGGACGGGAAAAACCAUUUCGAGCUCCUCUGCGACCAAUCCCGUUUGAUGAUUUGAAGAGGCUAGGAAUUCCACCUCCACCAGAAGGAAGAUACAUGUCACGCUUUCAGGACCCAUCUCCCCCAAGAAAAGAAAGGAGUUCAGUGGACAGGGAAGAGAGCUCUCACAAGAGCUCUAGGGACGGGCGAGAACACACUCACAAACGGAGUUCUGUGGACGGCAAAGAGCGAUAUCACAGCAGGAGUUCUGUGGACCCAGAGGAGCUCUCUCAGAGAUGGAGCUCUGUCGAGAGGGAAGAAUAUCAUGGCAAGAGGACCUCCAUGGAACGAGAUGAUCAUUCUGCCAAUAUGAGGUCUACUGGGAGGGAAGAACGCCAUCACAAGAGGAGCUCUUCAGACAGGACUCGCAAGAGGAGCUCCAAGGAUGAAGACGAACGCUCUCACAAGCGUCAUAAACAUUCUAGCCAUUCCCGUCGACAUGAGAGGAGGUCCACUAGUCAUGAACUUUCUUCUGAUCACUGAUUUGUGGAAGCUUAUCAUUUAAAGAAACCGUAGAUUAGUGAGCAUUCUAUAGCCACCACAAUCAUCAGCUUUACAAAAAAAACACUUGCUUUAAUUUUAUCCAAAAGAGUGGUGAUGGAAAUAGAAAUAGAAUUCAUCUUCCGUGAAAAACGUAUAAAUAGUAAAAAGCAACAAUGUGAAGAAAAUAUUAAUGAUGAAACAACACGAUCAACUGAAGUUUUUUUAUUUAUUUAUUUAUUUUUUUUACAUUGGGAAAUCUCUCC